CACAAAAGGAACGACAGUAUCGAUAGUUUUAGAAUGGUGCGAUUCAAGUAUAAUUUCGAAGUCCAGAAAAUGAAUAACGAGCAUAAAAAGGAUUUGGAGAACCAAUCUCCUAACGAGAAACCUCCAACCACAUAACCACAGACAAAAAAUAAUGAAAUUUAAAAUUUUUUGUUCUUUCCAGCACUGUUUUCAACCGACUAAGUAUCGAGUAUUGUUAUUGUUUUGCACCUGCAAUUUGCUAAAAAAAAAAAAACCAAUUUGCUUGGAAAUGCUGGGCACAGUGAGGGUCGGUGCAUGGACAGCUCCCCGCCUGACUCGCAGCUACACAACGAAGGCUAAGCGCAGCGUGCUUUCUCAGGACAAGACCAAAAUAAAGGACUACACGCCGAAGGUGUCGGAUCCACACGCGCACCGGGUCUAUGUGUGGGGAUUCCAGGAGACCGGCGCCCUAGGGCUGCAGACCAGCGUGAAGAAGGCCCAGGAGCGAUACACCGAAAUGGUCCACCACCCGACACGGCUUCAGUUCUCGAACAACAACGAGAUCACAGAUGUGGCGGCCGGCUACGGCUUCACCGCCUACGCUGUCAAGCGCUCCGACGGUGAGACGCUUUUUGGCAGCGGCCUCAACACGGACUCCCAGCUGGGCUUCCAGGUGAAGGGCAACCCCAAGGACCCGGCCAACCUGGAUGUGAUCAUAUAUCCCACAGCCAUACGACUGCCGCGGGAGCAUGACGAGACGGACGAGGACAUGCAGGUGCGAAGCAUGGCCGCUGGCAGGGCUCAUCUCGUGGUGAUCACCCGGAAUGGAACCGUGUUCACCAUGGGCAAUAACUCGUACGGCCAGUGCGGUCGAUCCAUCAUCGACGACGAGAGAUACAGCCGGAGCGCCCUCAUCCACAGGAUCGCUCAGGCAGAUAUCUGCGGGACGGAGGACGAGAUCGUCAGCGUGGAGUGUGGCCAGGACCACACAAUGUUCCUCACCAAGCUGGGCCAUGUCUACACCUGCGGCUGGGGCGCCGAUGGACAGACAGGGCAGGGAAACUACCACACAGCGGGACAGAUCACGCUCAUCGGCGGCGACAUCGAGAAGGAGCGAAUUGUACGGCUGACUAGCUCCUCGGACUGUGUGCUGGCACUCAACGAGCGGGGCGACGUAUUCGGGUGGGGCAACUCGGAGUAUGGGCAGCUAGACGACUCGGAGCACGCCCAGACCCAGAUAAACACACCGCGCGCCCUGCAGCUCACCAAGGGGAUCGGCCUCAUCAAGGAUGUGGCUGCUGGCGGCUCGUUCUGCAUGGCCCUGAAUGACCAGGGACUGGUCUACACCUGGGGCUACGGCAUCCUGGGCUUCGGGCCCUUUGUCGAGCAGACAUCCAAGCCGCAGCACCUGCUGCCUCCCCUAUUUGGGCGCAACGACUUCAGCAACGCCACUACCGUGGUCUCCAUCGGCUGCGGGGUCUUUCACAUGGGCGCCGUCAACUCGGACGGGGAUCUGUUCAUGUGGGGCAAAAACCGAUUCGGCCAUCUAGGCCUGGGCCACAAGAAGGACCAGUUCUUCCCCUUCAAGGCGGCCAUAAACGGGAAGGUGACGAAGGUGGCCUACGGCGUGGACCACACCAUAGCCCUGUGCAAGCCCUACUUUUAGUCCCAAUAAACAACAGAUAGUAGAACUUACAGGGAUGGCUUAAAGAUCACAAAUUCGCGUUUAAUACAUUUAAAUAUUUUAAAGAACAUUUAGAGUAGUGUUUCUGUUUUUGUUUGUUUCUUUUGAUAGUUUUUGUUCGGAUUUCGAUCUCGUCUGUUUCCCUCUGUCCUGCCUUUGCUGCACAUAUGUAUACGAGUCGAGUGAGUCGAGUACUGUGUAUGUAAAUAGCUGUCGAUCUCUCGUGUUCUCGUUCUAAACAUAUAUUGUUAGAUAGUUAAAGAGCAUAUACUAUAUAAAUUAUGUACUUGGAAUGGAAUGCAUUAUGCCUAGUCGCGCGUCGUUUUCCUCUUUCGUUUCGGGUAUUACUAUUAAGAACUCCAGGAUAGGGAGUGUUCGGAUGCGGAAAACAUGGGGUACUGUUUCCUUUCCGUAUGUGUGUACCGCCCCAAAAUAUUCCCUACUCUACCCUACCCUACUCUCCUAC